UCGCGUCAUCCCGGUCCGUCGGCGUCUCAGGUACAGUCACCUUCGGCCAUGUAUCCACAAAACGUGGGACAGGAGCAACAGUCCUCCUUCCACUUCCCUGCAUCGCCUAAUGUCCCACCUCCGCCGUCGAUGCAGGAUCCUCUGAUGCAGACCAGCGAGCCGAGCAUGCGCACAUCCAAUGGAUAUGCUCCUUACAAUCAACAGACGCAGAUGAUGCCCGACGACCAGCGGUAUUGGAAUCACAUGUUCCGCGAGCUUGGGUAUGGCGAAAACACGGUAUCCGCGAACCAAUAUGCUGGGUAUGCAAGCGGCAGCGGUCAUGGCAAUUGUAAUGGAAGUGGGAGCGCUGGGGCUGGCGGCAUGCUGGGGUACGGACGUACUCAACAUGCCUAUCCAGAACAUCACCAGCAGUACCAAUAUAGCAUCCAUCAGCCCGUCGUAGGCUACAGCCCGCACUGAACUUCAUUUGGUCUCGUCGCCCAAUCCAUUCUCGACGUUGUUCCUGUCUUGCAUCACAUUCUGCAUCCCCGCGAUGGCGAUUCUUGUGACCAAUUCCUGACCAUUCACUACCAUUUUUCCAUUCUUUCAUCUUGCUUCUGUCGCUAUGCUAUCGUCACUGCUUUGUGUUCAUCGUCUUACCAGUCUUUUCUUGUCUGGUCUUUAAGGAACCAACCUUGGUCUUCUCUCUCCCACAUAUCGCGCCCUAGCGUGCUUCGAUACUUAUAGGAGCGUCAAUGACUAUUUCAUGCGCU